UCUGUAAGACUUCAUGAAAGCCAGAGAUAUGAGCAACGAAGCAGAGGGGGAUAAUCCAGAUCAAACAAACAGCAAAUGUAAAUCACAUACUCUGUUGUCCUCGUACUGCAUCGACAGUAUUCUAGGAAGGAAAAGUCCCUUAAAAGUUCAAGCAACACCAAACCGUUUGUGGCCCCUUCAAGCAGACAUGCACCUGCCGCCGAAGCUCCGCCGCCCCUUCGCCCCGUUGACAGACUCCUCCAUUCACACAGACGCAAAUGAGGCAGGGGGCCCAAGACUGCUACACACAGCCUGUGGAAAAUUAAAAAUGACAGAGGCCUCGCUUGUAAACACCAGUCGUACCAGAUUGUAUCAGGAGCAUGCUUCUCUACAGUCAUGUAGAGACACAUCUUGUCCCACGCCAAUACCAGAGGAGGAAGAAACCGACAAUGAAAGACUAAGUAGAGAGACAACUGUGUCUUCGGGUCUAAUGGGACUGCAAGAACGAGAGGCAUAUUUGAAACACAGUGAGGAAACUACUUUAUCAGCGGGAAGUGACACUGAAGAUGGGAUGUUAAAACGAAAACAGAGGAGAUACCGGACCACAUUUACCAGCUAUCAGCUUGAGGAGCUGGAAAGAGCUUUUCAAAAGACUCAUUAUCCAGAUGUUUUCACAAGGGAGGAAUUAGCAAUGAGACUUGAUCUUACAGAAGCACGAGUGCAAGUCUGGUUCCAGAAUCGACGUGCAAAAUGGAGGAAAAGGGGAAAGGCGGGGGUCCAGUCACACACUCUGAGCCUACACUAUCCUGGAACCCCCCCUGCUGCACAGUCCUUGUGUCAUUACCUGAGUGGGAAUCCUUUUGUCCCAAGCCCACAUCCAGCUAUUGAUUCAUCUUGGCCUGCCCCACUCCAAAGACUUGCUCAGCCUCCCCCAAACCCUGCCUCCCCUCAUGGCUUCAGUGCUCUGUUAGGGGCGGCCAUGUUUAGACCGCACGCUUUCCUUAACCCCACUUUUGGAAGACUUUUUACAAGCUUAGGUCCAAUGGCACUGCAAAGGAUACCCCUUCCUGCCAUCGAGAGUCCAAUUCAACGCUCCCACCUCACCAACAACCUUCUCUCCUCUUCACCACCCUUACCUUCAUCUCCAACGGUGGACCUACGCGCUUCCAGCAUAGCAGCACUGCGUCUCAAAGCAAAGGAGCAUUCUGCUCAGCUGACUCACAUCACAGCUGCUGGAAUGGCUGGAAAAGAUGAGUGCUAAGACUCACUCUCACUUGAGAGAUGGCAAAAGACCAAAGUCAAGCAGAAGCAUUGAUAUCUGGAGAGUUAGGUGAUUAUUAAUAGAUACAUUAAUAGACACAUGUUCAGUUUCUGGAAGUUGAACUGUAGCAUUCUAAAGCUUUAUUGUUUGCUUAAUGUUG